AUGUCGGAGGACGCAACUCCCAAGGCCCCCGUUGAGAGGACGGGCCUCAUCCGCGGUCUGAACAAGGGCCACAAAACUACCCGCCGCGUCCUCAAGGAGCGGCCGUCCAGGCGUAAGGGCGCCCAGAGCAAGCGUACCCAGUUCGUGCGCUCUCUGAUCCGCGAGGUUGCUGGUCUUGCCCCUUAUGAGCGUCGUGUAAUUGAACUGCUGCGCAACGGCAAGGACAAGCGCGCCCGCAAGUUCUCCAAGAAGAAGCUCGGCACUUUUGGGCGGGCUAAGCGCAAGUGUGAGGAGCUGCAGCGCAUCAUUGCCGAGUCCAGAAGGGCUCACUAA